AUGCCUCGCCAACUCACAAUCACCCCAACACCCUUCAAAUCCUCCUACCUCUCCAUUCCACCAACACCCUUCUCCCCACGCCUCCCCAUAACACCACCCGUUUCGCCACCCAAAACCUUCCCAAAGAACACUCCAACCGCACACCUAAAAGCCACCGCAGACCUCCUCCCACCCCCAACGGAGCCCCUCCCCUGGCUCUGGCAAUGCCACCGCUGCAAACGCGUCUACCAACUCGGCGUCACGCGGCGCUGCCUCGACGAUGGGCACCUCUUCUGCGCGGGCAGCACGGUGGUGAAACGCAGCAAGAAGAACAGCUACAAGAAAGUCGUUCGACACCAAGCUUGCGCGAGCGAGUUUGACUAUCAGGGGUGGAAGGCUUGGGGCGUUUGGAGAGGGGAGGUGAAGGAGCAGGUGAGGGCGGCGGAAGCGCUUAUUAGGGUUGAGGAGGGGGUCUGGUUUAAAGGGUUGUUUGGGAAGAAUGGCAAGGGGAAAGGAGGGAAGGAUUGUUGGAAUGAGUGUCAUUAUCCGAGUGAGUGUACUUGGAGUAAGAGGUUUGGUGGGGGGAUUCCGACUGCGGGGGCGAAUCCUACGGUGCCUUCGACGACGACGACCGGGAAGAAAGAGGAACAGCGCAAGACGGCAAAGCAGGAGGAGGAGAACACUACGAAAACCGCAAUCUCCUUCGACGACAUCCUCCUCUCAAUCGCCGACCCUACCUCCUCAGACUACCUGGCGCCCCUCACAACCACCUCCACCACCACACCAACAACCACAACAACGGACCCCCUCGAACCCGACGCCUCCGCCCCCUCCAUGGACGACCUGCUCCAAUCCGUCAAACGGCGCAAACGGCGCUCGUCCGGCCAGAUCCCUCUCGUUCCCUCUCCUCUAGGCGCGAAUCCCUUCGAGGAGGAGGGAAAGGAUGAAUUGCAUGUGCUCAGGAAGAGCGCGAGUUCGGGCGCUCUGUUGGAGGGGUUGGAGAGGGAUGUUGAGGACGAGGGGAAGAGGGGUGCGGGUGGGGAGUGGAGGGAGAAAGCGGAUGCGUUGGUGAGGAGUUUUUAA